CGGCAGCUCACAGUUGCUUUGUGUGUCUCACUGGGCAGCAUCACAUGUGCGGUGGAUAGCUCUGAAAAUUCUCGAUAACAGUGCUCUUCUUUGGCGGGAAGCAAGUGCCAUUUGCACAAGAGACACAGUGAUCAUGAACAGGGUUGCCCAUGUGAUUGCUGCUGCAUUUCUCAUCCUGAGCAGUGGGGAGUGUCGUGUAUACGAUCGAUGUGAAUUGGCGCUGGAACUAAAGUAUCGCCAUGAAAUUGUGAGUGAGGCGGAAGUGGCCACCUGGGUGUGCAUUGCCCAGCAUCAGUCUGCCUUUGAUACGGCUGCUGUGGGUCGACAGGCCGAUGGGAGAGGCUAUCACGGAUUGUUGCAGAUUAGUGAUGAAUUUUGGUGCUCAGUGGCGGGGCAGGGAAAAGCGUGUGCCAUGUCGUGCUCAAGGCUCACAGAUGACGACAUCACAGAUGAUCUCCAUUGCUCCAGGAUAAUCCAUGAGGAGCACCAGCGCAUCUCCGGGGAUGGCUUCAAUGCGUGGACAGUGUACAGAGAUCACUGCAAUGGUGGUAGGGCACUACCCUACAUUCAUGGAUGCUUUGAUAAUUACAUCAGCCGGGAAGAUGUGCCCGUGAGGAAUCCCAUUAGACCUGUUUAUACGCCUAGCUCGUCGUUUAGAACUAAAUUCAGGACGCACCUGGAGAAGGCACGUGCAAAGAUCUACGAUCGAUGUGAAUUGGCACAAGAACUCGUCUAUAAGCAUCACGUUCCCAUUGAGGAGGUUGCCACAUGGGUGUGCAUUGCUAAGCAUGAAUCCAACUUCAAUACAUCCGCCGUUGGGCAUUUAAAUGCCGACGGAAGUGGUGAUCAUGGACUGUUUCAGAUCAGUGAUAUUUACUGGUGUUCCCCACCUGGGAAGGGAUGGGUUUGCGGGCUGUCGUGUGCUCAGCUUGAGGAUGACGACAUAAGUGAUGAUGUGAAGUGCAUGAGGAAGAUUUAUGCUGAACACCAGAGACUCUCUGGAGAUGGAUUCAAUGCGUGGGCUGUGUACAAUCCACACUGUCGUGGGAGAGCUGAAAAAUACAUCGAUGGAUGCUUCACGGAAGAUGAUCAGGAUAAUGCUAUUCAGCCCAUUCCGGGAAUAGUAGCUCCUAUACAUCCACCCUCGUUUACUCUACCCACACCGAGGAAGCAGGGGAAGAUCUACAGUCGCUGUGAAUUGGCCCAUGAACUGCUGCAUGUUCAUCUCCUGCCCCGACAUGAGAUUCCCACGUGGGUUUGCAUUGCUGAGCAUGAAUCGAGCUUAAAUACAGCCGCUGUGGGACGUCUCAAUGCAGAUGGGAGUGCCGAUCAUGGACUCUUCCAAAUAAGUGAUCUCUACUGGUGUUCACCCCCUGGGAAUGGUCUUGGAUGUGGCAUUAGUUGUGAUCUCCUCGAAGAUGAUGACAUUGCUGAUGAUGUUGAGUGCAUACGAAGAAUCCACAAGGAGCAUACACGAAUUUCCGGGAAUGGUUUUACAGCCUGGACGGUUUACAAUAGGAAUUGUUUGGGGAAUGUCGAUCACUACGUACAAGGAUGCUUCUCGGAGGAAAUCCCCACAACCACUGAAAGCUCAACAACAACCACGAAAAGGCCAACAACUACAGAAAAAUCAACAACAACCACGGAAAGACCAACAACGGCUAAAGUAUUUUCAUUCAGCUUCGGUGAGCGAAUUCCCUCCACAGAGGCACCAAGAAGAGAGAUAAUUUCCACAACAACUCCUUCGAGGAUCUUCACAUUCAAAUACCCAAGUAGAUUUCCCUUUACAACUGAUGCCACCCCUAGUAGUCCAACUACAACACAGAGAACCUUCACGUACAGAUUUGGAACAAAGGUUCCUCCAACUACAACAAAAAUUCCCAGAUACAGCCUUGAAACAACCACAACAUCCAGACUUUUUACAUACGGAGCUACGACGGAAGCACCUGCCGAACGAAAGGAUAUCACAACGAAGAAGAAACCAUUUAAUAUUUUUGAUUUCUACCUGAACUACUUUAAAGCUAGGACAACGAAAGCACCUUUCUUCAAGACAACUACAGUGGAAGCCCGAACGGAGGCUGCAACAGAAGUCAGGACAGAACCAACAGUAAGGGUAGAAGCUGCAGCAGCACAUACAGAUGCAGCAGCUUUCCUUCCACCAAGCACAACACGACGACCUAGUGUCUUCGAUAUCUACUUUAGGCGUACCACAACGACAACCCCGAAGGUUUUUGCACCCAAAAGCACAACAUACUUUGCCAAUUCACUGCCAACGGUGAAGCCCUUUGAUUUGGACUACAUCAAAGGACUCACAACGCCUAAAAAUAUAAUCUCACGUGCUGCCCCCGUUGCACCACAAAGCGUCCAUUUUGACACUCUCUUCGACACUUUCUUCCACGGAUAGGCGCGCACGAACAAACAAAUAGCGUAGCGUAGCAUGUAGCAUAAAAAGACUUCCGGACGCGUGGUGGGUCUUAAAAAAAAAACGAGAGGCGUGACGUCACCGCGACUAUUCAUAGUUAAUUAGUUAACAAGACAAGCAACUAAACAAUCGCGCAACGACACUUGUUGAAUUGAUGGUACGAUGUAAACACGAUGUGUGUGCUUCGCUUUUUUUUGUGCACACAAUCACCUCUAAAUGGGCAAUUUAUCAAAAUCCCAAGUGGAUUGACCCUUGGGGAUUUAUUGGGAUUUUUUUCCCUCAUCUUUGUAUGUUCAGAGACCAAUUUGCGCGGUAGCUUCAAACUUGCCGGUGUUUUAUCUUGCACAUUGCUUUUGUGUUCUCUCUCCAUAUUCUUGAGACGUGAUUAAGUGGACAGAGAGGAGACUAAUUUAUGAGAGCUGUGCGGUGCUUUUGGGGGGAUUUUUUUUUAAAUUUGUAAAGUUUAAUAUGUAAGACAUUGUAUAAGAAAAUAAAAG